AUGGUGGAUGUACUUUACUCGGCGGCCGUGCUUUGCUGCAUUCUGCUGUUUCUCGAGCCAACAACCGCGGCUAGUGGCAGCGCUGCUCUCCUGGAGAUUACCGCAGUUGUGGGAGGCGACGCCUGGCUGCCCUGCAACGUCACGCCGGCGGCCGGCAAAGAGCGUCCCGUGGCGCUCGUGCUGUGGUACAAGGACAACGCUUCGACGCCCGUCUACACGGUGGACGCCCGGUGGGGAAGCCUGCUGCAGGGAGCGCGACACUUUCCCGGAGAGGAGGAGCUGGCCGACAGGCUCACCUUCGACGGAGCCCACCAGCCGGCGUUGCUUCGAGUGUCCCACGUGGAACCCGAAGAUGCCGGCAUGUACCGGUGCCGCGUGGACUACCGUCAGGCUCGCACCGCGGUCACACUGUCCCUGCUGCAUGUCAUAGUGCCUCCACGAGCCGUAAUAGUGUUGGACGAGCACGGCCAGAGGCAGGUGGACGUCCUUGGACCAUACAACGAAGGAGCGACUGUGAUGCUCGUCUGCGAAGUCGAAGGCGGUGAUCCUCCGCCCGAAGCCCUUUGGUUCCGGGACGGUGAACUUGUGGAUACCAGUUUCUCGGUGGCGACCGCAGGUGUGGUUCGCAACGAGCUUCGCCUGGGUCCAUUACGGCGCCGAGACCUUCUCGCCGAAGUUGUGUGCAGCGCAUCCAACACCAACCUCACGGAACCACUGACGAGCAGCCUCAGGCUUGACUUGAAUCUGAAGCCGACCGAGGUGAAAGUGACACUGCCGGCGUUGUCCCUCUCCAAGUCCGGUGACUUUACUCUGGUGGCCGAUGAAGUGGCCGAAGCUCAGUGCCUCGCCGUGGGAGCGCGCCCACUGGCACAGGUCGCGUGGUUCAAAGGUGGCCACAGGCUGCUCCACGAUCGCCUGGUGUCGCAAGAUGCCGGCUCGACGCUGAGCGCCAUCAGUUUCGUUGUGCGCCCUGAGGACCACGGCGCCAUGCUGACCUGCCGCGCAGACAAUCCGAGCCUGCCUGGCAGCGAGAUCAGCGACUCACUCAUGCUCGACGUCCAGU